AUGCCUGCCGCCCCGCCAGACUGCCAAGUACUUGUUGUUGGGAGCGGCAACGCGGGCUUCUCUGCAGCACUCUCUGCCAGCCAAUCUGGGGCCCGAAAUGUCAUUCUAAUAGACAGUUGCCCCGAGGAGUGGGCAGGCGGCAAUUCCUUCUUCACGGCGGGUGCAUACCGUGUUGCGCACGAUGGGCUGAAGGAUGUCCUCCCGUUGGUGGACAAUGUGUCAGAGGAGCAGGCUGCCAACAUUGAGCUCGCCCCAUAUACACGGGAUGAAUUCCUCAGCGAUAUCCGUCGUGUUUGCGAAGAUAAGUCCGACCAGGACCUUGCCCACGCUCUCGUCUCAGAAUCGAACACGGCAGUCAAGUGGCUCGCUGCCAACGGCAUCCGCUUUUCGCUGUCGUUCAAUCGCCAAGCGUACGAGGUGGAUGGAAAACUCAAAUUCUGGGGUGGUCUGUGUCUGAAGACGUUAGAUGGCGGUAAAAGCCUGAUCGAUGACCACAGAGCCGCGGCUCGCAGGCAUGGAAUAGACGUGUACUUUUCUACUGAGCUUGUUGCUUUGCAGCAUGCGGCAGAGGGCAGAGAUGUCAUCGCCUGCGUCAGGUGUGACGGUAAAGAGGCGAAUAUCAAAGCUGGAGCGGUGAUCCUGGCGGCUGGCGGCUUCGAAGCCAACGCGGCGAUGCGCAGACGCUUUCUCGGCGCAGGCUGGGACAAGGCCGCCGUGCGCGGCACGCCAUACAACACCGGUGACUGCCUGCAGCUCGCGCAGAACUCACUCGGCGCCCAGCCCGUAGGCGACUGGGCGGGCUGCCACUCCGUCGCCUGGGACGCGGCCAACACGGACCCGAAUCAAGGUGAUCGCCUGGCAUCUAAUGAGCAUACUAAGUCUGGCUAUCCGUUGGGGCUGAUGCUCAACAUUCACGGCAAGCGCUUUGUGGAUGAAGGCGAAGAUUUGCGCAACUACACAUAUGCCAAGUUUGGCCGCGCCAUUCUCCAGCAGCCCGCGCACACGGCGUUUCAACUCUGGGAUGCGCAGACGAGCGGCUGGCUACGCGCCGAGGAGUACCGCAAGGAGCGUGCCGAGCGACUUGAAGCCGACACGCUCGAGGGGCUUGCCGAUCUCUGUGUGACGCGCGGCCUCACGGAUAAGGAUGCCUUUCUCGCGACCAUUCAGGCGUACAACGAUGCCGUGCACGCACGACCUGCAGACGCCGCCGCGGCUUGGAACCCCGCCAUCAAAGACGGUCUCUCGACGGGAACGUGCCUCGCGCUGCCAAAGUCCAAUUGGGCGCUGGCGGUGACCAGGCCGCCGUUUUUGGCCGUCAAAGUAACAUGUGGUAUCACCUUUACCUUUGGCGGCUUGCGCGUGGAUUCCGCGACGGCACAGCUCGUUGGCGACGACAGCAAGCUGAUCCCGGGCGUAUACUGCGUUGGCGAAAUGCUGGGUGGCCUGUUUUACGGUAAUUAUCCUGGGGGCAGUGGUCUCACUUCCGGAACGGUCUUUGGUAAGAGGGCGGGCAAGGCAGCGGCCGAGCAUGUCGCGUCGAGGCUGCCAAUGUAG